AUGGCCAACCACCACCCGUCGCCGACCAUGGCCAUGCAGGCACAACAGCAUGGCCCUCCUGGCCCUCCACCGCCGCCCGGCAUGCAGCAGGGCCAGAACUAUGCGCCUUCGCGCCAGAUCCUCCUCAUGAACGAGGCUGUAUGGAUGCAGAUCGGCAGCUUCGCUGAGCUUCUCGGUAACCUCGAGGAAGCCAUGAAGGCUUACGAUCGGGCCUUGCAGGCAAACCCGCAGUCCGUAGCGGCCAUGAAUGCCAUCAGCUUGAUCCUUCGCACGCGCGAAGAGUUCCACAAAGCCGUCGACUACCUGCAGGCGAUACUCAAGAUUGACAACACCAAUGGCGAGGCUUGGGGCAGCUUGGGUCACUGCUACUUGAUGAUGGACGACUUGCAGCAAGCUUACGCUGCCUACCAGUCUGCCCUGGUUAACUUGAGGAGCCCGAGGGAGCCUAAGCUGUGGUACGGCAUUGGUAUUCUUUAUGAUAGAUAUGGCUCUCUUGAGCAUGCCGAGGAGGCCUUCUCCCAAGUGAUGCAGAUGCAGCCCGACUUUGAAAAGGCGAACGAAAUCUACUUCCGUCUAGGCAUCAUAUACAAGCAACAGCAGAAGUAUGGUCAGAGUCUGGAGUGCUUCAAGUACAUUGUCAACUCCCCGCCUCCCCCUUUGACCGAAGAGGACAUUUGGUUCCAGAUUGGCCACGUCCACGAGCAGCAGAAAGACUACGACAGCGCGAAGGCCGCCUACCAAAGAGUCCUCGAACGUGACCCAAGUCACGCAAAGGUCUUGCAGCAGCUUGGCUGGCUUCACCAUCAGCAGAGCAGUAGCUUCCAGAGCCAGGAGCGAGCUAUUGAGUUCUUGGAGAAGUCUGUUGCCGCCGACCAAGGCGAUGCCCAAAGCUGGUAUCUGCUCGGUCGCUGCUACAUGUCCCAGCAAAAGUACCCCAAAGCGUACGAAGCGUACCAGCAGGCCGUCUAUCGCGAUGGAAGAAACCCGACGUUCUGGUGCUCCAUUGGAGUGCUGUACUAUCAGAUCAACCAGUACCGCGACGCCCUUGACGCCUACUCUCGUGCCAUUCGACUCAACCCCUUCAUCUCGGAAGUCUGGUAUGACCUGGGCACAUUGUAUGAAUCAUGCAACAACCAAAUCAGCGAUGCGCUUGACGCGUACCAGCGUGCUGCAGAGCUUGACCCUCAGAACCCUCACAUCAAGGCGCGUCUGCAGCUGCUGAGGAACGGCGGCGCCAACGGAGGGCAACCCCCCAGCGCUCCUCAACCUGCCGAUGUUCACCCUCAAGCAUACCAGGUCGGUCCUCCGGCACCCCAGUGGGGAAGCUCUGCUCCUCAGUCCCAGCAGCAAGGAGGACAGCAGCCUCCUCCACCGCCUGGUCCCGGCGGCCCUGGCAGCAACGGCUGGGGUAGACUCGCGGACAUCAACCCCCCCCCGCAGCCUCCUAACCCCUACGAGCAGCGCGGCGAGCCAUUCCGCGGACCUGCUCCCCCCAUGCCGCGCCAGCCAAGCCCCAGGCAAGAGCAGCAGCACGGUGGCCGCCCGCCUUACCCUGAGUCGAUCCGACGGAUGCCCAGCCCACCAUCGCACUACUCGGGACCCCCUCAACCUCCCCAGCAGCCCCCUCAGGGUGCUCCCACAUCUGCGCCGCGCACCAUCAACCCCAACUACUCUCAGCAGUCUUCUGCUCAAAUGCCUCCUAUGAAUGCCGGCCCCAACGGCCCUCCCAGCCAGCCGCCGCAGUUCCGCGGCGCCAACAGCCCCCGGCCGGGCGAGCGGCCUAUGCAUGACAACCGCAUGCCUUCUCCCAAGUCGGCGUACCCUCAACACCCCCCGCCUCCGCCGCCGCCGUACAGCCAUCACCCUGAUGGCCCUACCCCCGGUCCCAUGGAGGGCGGUGCCCCGCCCCCUCCCCCUCCCGGUGCGAUUCCCGCAGACUCGGCCGUGCAGCGUAACGAACAUGACCGUCCUCCCUCGGUGGGUCCCAAGCGCAUGCGGGAGUGGGAAGAGGAAUCGUCUCACAAGCGCCCGGCCAACGAUGAGAGCCGAGCUAGGCUCGACGACGUCCGGCCUCGACGCCCGUCGACCCCUCUGGGACCCCGGGACCAGUACCGCCGCAAUUCAUCCGAGGCCCGCCGCUUCGAGGAUCAGCGUCGCGUCGAUGACCAGCGUCGCGCGGAGGACCAGAGAAGGGCAGAGGACAUGCGGAGGGGCGAGGAGCAGCGCCACGCCAACGAUGGGUAUCACCCUUCGGAGGCGGCUCAUCACCCGCCCAGCCACCCAAUGCCUUCCAACCACCUCCCGCCGAUGCAGUCGGCUGCUGCGCCGAUGCAGAACAUUCUCCACGAGGGAGCACAGAACGGCCCCGGACCCGCCUCCGGGCCGGCUCCUGGUGUCAAGGAGUACCCCGCCGAGGAACGGCCGCCGAUCGAACACACUCCGGCCCCCCGGCCUCCCCAGCCGAGCGAGCCGGAGCGUGCAGCCCGGAAAAUGGACGUUGACGAAGACUACGAUGACAGUGGAGAGGAUGAAAAGAAGGGCGCUGUUGCGACGACCAACGGCUCCGGCCCUGCCCCGGCGUCAGGAGAGACCAAGACGCCGACAAGCGCGAGCAUCAACGGCCUGAUGGGACCUACCCCCAAGGUCGAGUCGACUUAA